UUGCGCGACGACCGACACUUAAAACGGAUGCGAGGAAGACUAGACAUAGUCUAACAUAACAAGUCUUGGUCGUCGUGACGCGACUUUAUUUUGCAAUCUUGUGGGUAAAUGAAACAAUCCGGUCUGACGGUAAAACAAGAACACCAAGGACAAGAUAAUGACAAACGUGACCCACGUUAGGGCAAACUUAGUCCGUCUCAGGUCUCUUAUGGCUGAUUCUUCAUAUGUUGGGAAACCUCUUCAAGCUUAUCUUGUACCAAAUACCGAUGCCCACCAAAGCCAAUACAUACCCCAGGAAGAUUGCCGCACUCAUACAAUCAGCGGGUUCUUCGCAGGAAAAGCAACGUCAGUUGUGACAUCCAACAAGGCAGUAGUCUGGACCAGCGUACUUUUCCAUGACCAGGCACUGAACGAUAUUGACCGCGACAACUGGACUCCUUUCUUGAAUGGUAUACCCUCCAACCCCACUGUUGACGAAUUCCUCAUUAAGGAGCUUCCACCCAACUCACGAAUUGGAGUCAACCCUCGCUACAUAUCACUGGAUUCUUGGAAAGUUUUGAACAAGGCCCUCUCUAUAUCUGGCCACACCCUUGUUCCUGUGUCACGUGACUUGGUUGACGUCAUAAGAGAAGAACAAGGAAUAGUCUUCAAAUCAAACCAAGAAAAAUUUUUUGUUCUGGAUUUGAAAUAUGCAGGGAAAUCUUGGCAGGACAAGGUUCAAGAAGUGCGAGAAACGCUCAAAAGAAAGAAUGUCUUUGCAAUUGUCAUCUCCAAUCUUGACGAGCUGGCCUGGCUGUUCAAUCUUCGUGGAAGGGAUAUCCAACACCAUUUCAUCUUCUAUGGUUUUGCAGUAAUUACACCUGACCAAAUAAGUCUCUUCGUCGACGAGAGUAAAGUAACAGACGAUGUUCGCAGCCAUCUUAACGUGGACGGGAACCGCAAGAAUGAAGAGAAGGUAGAAAUCCGUCCAUAUGAGGACAUCAAGGAAGCUGUCAUGGAGCUGAACAAGCUAAAAAAGAGCGUUUGGAUAUCUCCUGACAUAAAUUCUGCCAUAGGAACACUAAUGGACGAGGAGCGCACGUUGAUGGAAUUGAUACCCACUGGUCGUGGUAAGGCCGUCAAGAAUCCUGUAGAGAUCCAGGGAAUGAAGGAUUGCCAUAUUCGUGACGCUGUUGCUCUCUGUGAGUUCUGGUCGUGGCUUGAACGAGAGAUUCCUAAAGGUCACGUGACGGAGGUCUCAGCUGCUACACAACAGGAGGAAUUUUGCAAGCAGCAAAAUGAUUUUCUGGACCUCUCCUUCAAGACGCACUCUUUUUUUGGAGAUGGAAACCCUAGUGACAGCUCCGAAACUGGCAAGACGAUAACUGACAAAGGGAUGUACUUUAACGCGUCAGGAAGACACUAUUUAGACGGUACGACUAAUAUCUCGCGCGUGAUGCAUUAUGGUACUCCUUCACCAUGGCACCAAGAAUGCUACACGCGUGUGUUGAAGGGACACAUUGAUCUUGCGAAAACAGUUUUUCCCACCAACACAACAGGUCACGCACUGGAUGCCUUUGCCCGCAAGGCAUUAUGGGAUAUCGGACAGGAUUAUUUACUGUAUACUGGACAUGGUGUCGGUCACGUGUUACUUGUCGUGGAAGGUCCUUACUGUAUUGCCAGAGUACAGAAUCCUGAAGCUCUUACAUGGGGCAGGACGAGUUAUCUAUCACUCCCUCUGCAGGAUGGGAUGUUUGUGACGAUUGAACCUGGAUUUUAUGAAGUAGGGGAGAAGUUUAAGUUUCGUCAUGAAAACAUGUUCGUAGUCAGGCCUGCUGAGCUCCAGAAUAAUCACAGGAACCGUGGAUUCCUAAAGUUUGAAGCUGUUUCCUUUCUGCCGUUCUCAAGGAAAAUGUUGAUUAUGUCACUUCUCACUAAAGAUGAGAUUGAAUGGCUGAAUGCUUACCAUGCUGAGUGUUUGUCUAAAGUUGGUCCAGUCCUCAAAGAACAAGGAAAGAAGGAGGCACUUGAUUGGUUGAUUGCUGAAACAAAACCACUAUAGUGCCAAUAUGUAUAGUGAAGCCCUUGCAUACACACAGGCUUCCCAUAGAAUUAGCCAUGUUAUUCUGUUGAAGAAUCAUACAAUAGUAAUUCUAGUAUAGAAACAAAAUGAUUUUGUUCUAUAAUUCUGCUUGCCUGCACACAGGGAGCCCAUGGAAUUAGCCAUGUUAUUCUGAUUAAGAAUCGUACAAUAGUAAUUCUAGUAUAGAAACAAAAGGAUUUUGCUCUAUGAUUCUGCUUGCCUGCACACAGGGAGCCCAUAGAAUUAGCCAUGUUAUUCUGUUGAAGAAUCGUACAAUAGUUAUUCUAGUAUAGAAACUAAAUGAUUUUGCUCUAUGAUUCUGCUUGCCUGCACACAGGGAGCCCAUAAGAAGCAACUAUGCUAUAGACUAUUAUGAUGCUCAUUGACUCAGUACUAAAACUUGAUACAUGCUGCAUUUUUUCUUGUAUUAGCAACAAGUUUCUGUUUUUUUGCAGCUAAAAAUAAAAGCAUUUGUCAUGCCA